AUGACAACGGAAGACGAUGCUCGAGGCCAUGGUAUGGAUGUCGACGAAGCAGAGUCGUCUUCGGAUAGCCAUAUGACGCCAGAGCCUGAAUAUACAGUGAGAAAGAGGGUAGCUCCAGCUCGUAACCGUAGUCCAUCACUCCCAGCAAAGACCCAGACUAGAAGAAGAACAAAAGCUUCAUCGUUGAGCAUCGAAACCAAAGCUGAUGGCGUAUCAAUGACUCGAUCUGCUUCCUCUACUUCCCUCGCCAUCAAAAAGACGCUAAAAUCAUCAAACGAGACCGCCGAUAAAAGGUCAAGGUCUGUCGAUACUGAAAGGAAUAACCUCUACGUCUUGGCCGGCCCAGGAAGACCUGCUCGUGUACAGAAACCUACCGCACCCCCUGCUCCUUAUGUCGCUCCAAAACUAUCGUCUGAAAUGGAGGAAAGGCGACAAAAACUGAGCGAACUUGCCGCAUUCAAUGUCAAGAGACUACUUGGUCGAGAACACACCUUAUUCGAUCUGCUGAUUGCUGCCGAGAUACAAGCACCUCAUUUGAUGCGACAGCCUCUGUUAUCAACAUCAACUUCGCAAUCACAAUCGCAAAACUCACCACAGGAAAAUUGGGCGACCUUAAUAUCAGCAACCGAUCAAGCACGUAUCCGUGAGCACACACCAAACUCACCAGUACGUAAUGAUUUGUCUGGUGAUACAAACUAG